AUGGAGGAUAAACUGUUUACAAGCGUUGAGGAGGAGUGCCUGUACUGGAAGGAGCGAUGCCUGAAGGUGUCGCAGGAACGGGACGAUGCGCAACGGGAGUUCGAUGACUUCACCACCGAGUCACAGCAGCUGGAAGCUGAGCUAGAAAUGACGGUCGAGCAGCAGGAAAAGAAGAUUCGCGAUCUGAACCAGCUGGUGAAUCAGCUGCACGGCGAGAACGAAUCCUACAAGAGGAAGAUGCAAUACACGGAAAAUGAAACGAACAAAAUCGAUGCCGACUUUCGACAACUGGCGAAGGAAAACGAAAAACUAAAGGUGUACAUCCGAGAACUUGAGCAGAAGAAUGACGAUCUUGAACGGGCCAACCGGGUAGCCAGUGAAAGUGUAGCGGAAUUCGAAUCGAUGUUAAACCAAGCGUACGAGAAAAAUGCGCUGCUGGAGCUGGAAGUAGACGAGAAAGAACGUAUGCAAAUCAAACUGCAGCGAUUAAUGGACGAGGCUCGUGAUUUGAAGCAGGAGCUGAAAGUUCGCACUCUGAAACCGGAGGAUGGCGAAAAGCUGGAAGAAGGCGAGAUGAGCGAAAGCAAAGAUGACCGAAACAAGCAGCUUGAUCCAUCGAAUGAAAGCACAUCCACAACAACGAUCGCCACAGCCGUAACGACUGGGAUCGAUGCACAGCAAAUGAAUAAUGUUUGUCUUGACGGUGGAACAGAUCCGACAGAAACGACAUUAGCUGGUACAAAGUUAGAGACGCUUAAUAACAACCUGAACACCAGCAAGCAGCGUAGUUCGUUCGGUUCACCCAUGGUAAAACUGUCGGCGAGUAAAUUGAAUGAUUUUGGCCGUGAAACGUCCAUGGAACAGCAGGAUUCAGUUAAAACACUGGAUGGGAUCGUAGGGGACGGUGUAAAGGCAGCACUCCUAUCACCCGGCAGUCAGUUGAUAAUUGAACGAAAUGGAAACAACGCGUCGUCUACGGCACUUGUCCCUGGCGGGCUUGGCGGAAUUAAUGCUCCGAUGGCUCCAAGUGAUCGCGUUUCAACGCUCAAUAUAGUUGCCGAUCUGUUGCGGCGGCUAGACAACAUGGAGGCUAAGCUAAAAGCAUGGAAAAUCCGUAAACCCUCGUCACGGGCAGGAACGGGUAGUGCCGGUACGAUGGCCAGCAAUCGGACAUCACUACACACCAGUAAUACCAUCUCGAAUAUGCAUCACAGCAGCGGCACAGGUGGACUGUUGAACAGUCACCAAAACAAUCAGCAUCAUCACCAUAGUAACCAUCAUUACCAAAGUAACCACAACACAGACAGCAAUCUCUCGCUCAAUUCACUUGGUUCUGCAGAAGGUACGUUGUUGUUAACUUCACCCGUCAACUGUUGCGGCACUGGUAGCAGUAAUACCAUCGGCGGUAACGUGCAACUACAUUCUUACCAACCCAGCACCAUCACGAUCGGCACGCAGACAUCUCAGCAUCUGCCCGCAUCAUCGUUGGCAGCAAAAACGGAACUGUUGCGCACUAACAAGUAA